AUGGCUCGAUUUGAAUCUGUCAUUCACAACUCUCGUAACUAUCCUCGUCUGCAAGAAAUUCAAUCCAAAGGCUUGCAAAAGAUGAUGGAAAUGUUACAUUUGAAGUCUAAAUUACUUCAGUUUGCUCUGAGCCAUCCAUUAAAUGUAACCAACAUCAUUGAAAUCACUGAGUUGGUGUUUCUCCUCUCUGAGGUUGAGAAAAUCUUUUUAGAAGAAGGUUUGUUCGAAAGUAACUUUGAUGUUGCGAACCAAUUUAUUCAACCCUUCAUCCAAAGCAACACGUUUGCUGAUAUAACAGAAAAAGCUCGUCAAAAGAAGAGAGAGAAGUCUAUAGUAAAACAUGCCAUCACCAGCAAGAUCCAAAAACCUCUAAAGAUGAAAGAAAAGUUUCAAAAACCGUCCUCUCAUCAAGGUGGCAUCCCUAACAGCUAUUCAAAGCCAUUCAACAAUUACAACAAGAGUGGUUCCUCUUUUCAAAAGUCAGGAGAUUCCAAGCCAAAGUACAAUAACAAUGGUGGAGGAUCUUUCAAACAAGACCUCUGA